AUGCAAGGGGUCCGUCGCGCCUUCCAGCUUUCUUUCGAAAACGCAACAGCCUCUCGCGAAACACCCGACGCACACCUCUUCACCACACCACCGCCACCCAUUCAUCGACACUCCUUCCACCUCCACCCCGGCACUUGGAUCGCAUCUCUGCUCAUAUCCACGCCGAUCACUCCUCUAGCCUCGCACACGACAAACGCAACCACCACCCACACCACCAACGGAAUGGCCGACCUGGACACAUACGACGGCGGCGACCAGCGCACCUACGAGGACGACCGCGACUACCCAGCCCGAGACCGCUCCCGCUCCCCAGACCGCGACCGCGAUGGCGACGUCCGCGUCCGCGAUGAGCCUUCCAACGGACGUGCUGACCGUGAUGAGCGUCCGCCACAGAAGAAUGGAGAUGAUGGCGAGCACUCCGUGAACACUGGAUCCAACCUCUUCGUCACCGGCAUUCAUCCACGACUCAGCGAGGAAGAGGUCUCCCGCCUCUUUGAGAAGUAUGGACAGGUCGAGAAGUGCAACAUCAUGCGCGAUCCCCACACCCGUGAGAGCCGUGGCUUCGGAUUCGUGAAAAUGGUCACUUCGGAGGAGGCCGACGCUGCGAAGGAGGCUCUUCAAGGCGAAGUCUACGAGGGCCGCACUUUGUCCAUCGAGAAGGCUCGCCGUGCUCGCCCACGCACACCAACACCAGGAAAAUACUUCGGCCCACCGAAGCGAGACGAACCUCCUCGCCGUGGAGGAUUCCGUGGCGGUGACCGCUUCGACGACCGUCGUGGACCUCGACGCGAUGACUACCGUGGCGGAGGCUACCGUGACCGCUACGACGACCGCGGCUACGGAGGUGGCCGUCGUGAUGACUACGGACGCCCACCAGUCGACCGUUACCAGUCUCGUGAUGAUCGCUAUGGCGGAGACCGACGUGGUGGAGGCUACGGCGGAGGCUACGAUCGCGCACCACGUGGUCCACCAGGAGAAGGCGGCAGCUACAGUGGCGGCGGCGACUCGGCUGCACCACGCGAUGCCCCAUCACGAAGCUAUGGCGGAGAAGAGCGCCGCCGUUACGAUUAA